GUGGAUCAGCAGCAGCUUCUGAAAGUUUUCAUCCCAAUGGACUCGUCAGGAACAAAACUUGAUCGCUGCCGCAGGUAUGUGGAGCCUCAGUGGCAGCUGUUAACCACCAGCCCAGGGAACGUCAGCCAGAUACAGACAGAAGAAUGUCUGGAUGGAUGGACAUUCGACAGCUCAGAGUUCCUCGCCACGACUGUGUCCGAGUGGGACCUGGUGUGUUCCCUGCGUCCUCUGAAACAGAUGAUUCAGACCAUCUACAUGGGCGGAGUUCUGGCAGGCGCCAUCAUCUAUGGCGGUCUCUCAGACAGGUUUGGACGGCGGUCUGUCCUUAUUUGGUCGUACCUGCAGCUCGCCAUCCUUGGCUGUAGCUCCGCCCUCUCUCCUUCAUACUCCGCCUACUGCAUUUUUAGGUUUCUGAGUGGGAUGGCGGUGUCCGGCAUCAUCCUGAACGGAGUCUCGCUGAGUACCUGUCCACCUGUCUGUCCACCUGUCUGUCUGUCUGUGUGUGUGUGUGUGU